UAUUUCCCGCUGAAGGGGGCGUAUGCCUGCCAUGUCUGAAGCUGCGGCUGCGAGCUGUGUUUUUCUGUGUGAAACUCGCUGAGCGGCUCAUGAGAGGCUAAACAUGUCUGAUGAAGAGGUGCCGUCAACCUCUGGGGAGCCCGGGCCCGGGAAGGAGAAGGAUCCUCCGUUCCUGCUGGGCCCCCCUCCAAAAGCAGCAAUAAAAGAAGGCACAGUGGACCCUGAAUAUGAAGAAAAAAGAAAAGCAGACAGGGCUAACAGGUUUGAGUUCCUGCUGAAACAGACUGAACUCUUUGCUCACUUCGUCCAGCCAGCGAGUCAGAAAUCCCCCACAUCGCCCCUGAAGGUGCGGAUGGGGAGACCCCGCACCAAACAGGAUGAGAAACAGAACCUGCUGUCUGUUGGAGAUAAUCGACACCGACGGACAGAGCAGGAGGAGGAUGAGGAGCUGCUGUCUGAGAGCAGAAAGGCUGCAAACCUUCUUGUCCGCUUUGAGGAGUCACCCUCAUAUGUGAAGAACGGCACUCUGAGAGAUUAUCAGAUCAGAGGACUGAACUGGAUGAUUUCUCUCUAUGAAAAUGGCAUUAAUGGCAUCCUAGCAGAUGAGAUGGGUUUGGGAAAGACGCUGCAGACGAUAGCACUGCUGGGGUACCUGAAACACUACAGGAACAUUCCAGGCCCGCACAUGGUCCUAGUGCCCAAGUCCACUUUACACAACUGGAUGAAUGAGUUUAAACGCUGGGUCCCAACUCUCAAGGCCGUCUGCCUCAUCGGAGACAAAGAUGCAAGAGCAGCGUUUAUCCGUGAUGUGAUGAUGCCGGGAGAGUGGGAUGUGUGUGUUACGUCGUAUGAAAUGGUGAUCAGAGAAAAGUCUGUCUUUAAGAAGUUCAACUGGAGGUAUCUGGUGAUUGAUGAGGCCCAUCGCAUAAAAAACGAGAAAUCAAAGUUGUCAGAGAUUGUUCGUGAGUUUAAAACAACAAAUCGUCUUUUGCUGACCGGAACUCCAUUACAGAAUAACCUGCAUGAGCUCUGGUCUCUGCUCAACUUCCUACUGCCAGAUGUGUUCAACUCUGCCAGUGACUUUGAUUCGUGGUUUGAUACCAACAACUGUCUGGGGGAUCAGAAACUGGUGGAAAGAUUGCAUGCGGUGCUGCGGCCAUUCCUGCUGCGUCGAAUCAAACAGGAAGUGGAAAAGAGUCUUCCUCCCAAGAAGGAGGUGAAGAUCUACUUGGGCCUGAGCAAAAUGCAGAGAGAAUGGUACACUCGUAUCUUAAUGAAGGAUAUAGACAUCCUGAACUCCGCAGGAAAGAUGGAUAAGAUGCGUCUAUUGAAUAUACUGAUGCAGCUGAGGAAGUGCUGUAAUCACCCGUACCUGUUUGACGGAGCGGAGCCUGGACCCCCCUACACCACCGACACACACCUGGUCACCAACAGCGGCAAAAUGCUUGCUCUGGACAAACUGCUGCCCAAAGUCCAGGAACAAGGCUCUCGAGUGCUGAUUUUCAGUCAAAUGACACGUGUGUUGGAUAUUCUGGAGGAUUACUGCAUGUGGCGAGGAUAUGAAUACUGCAGACUGGACGGAAACACACCGCAUGAAGACAGAGAGAAAGCGAUCGACACGUUUAACGCUCCAAACAGUUCAAAGUUUAUCUUCAUGCUGAGCACUCGAGCAGGAGGACUUGGAAUUAAUCUGGCUACUGCAGAUGUUGUCAUCCUGUAUGAUUCUGACUGGAAUCCACAGGUGGACUUGCAGGCCAUGGAUCGAGCUCACAGAAUUGGUCAGAAGAAACCGGUUCGAGUUUUCAGACUCAUCACAGAAAACACAGUGGAGGAGAGAAUCGUAGAGCGAGCAGAAAUGAAGCUUCGCUUAGACUCUAUAGUCAUACAGCAAGGUCGUCUGAUUGAGCAGCAGAAUAAGCUAGGUAAAGAUGAGAUGCUGCAGAUGAUCCGACAUGGAGCCACUCAUGUCUUUGCCUCCAAAGACAGCGAGCUGACAGAGGAGGACAUCAGCACCAUCCUGGAGAGAGGAGCCAAGAAGACAGCAGAGAUGAAUGAGAGAAUGGAGAAACUGGGUGAAAGCUCUCUGAGAAAUUUCACGAUGGACACCAGCGGUGCAGAAACCAGCCUGUACAAGUUUGAAGGAGAGGAUUAUAGAGAGAAACAGAAGCUGAGUAUGAUGGAGUGGAUUGAGCCUCCAAAGAGAGAGAGAAAGGCGAACUAUGCCGUGGAUGCUUACUUCAGAGAGGCACUCAGAGUCAGCGAACCCAGAGCACCAAAGGCCCCCCGACCUCCUAAACAGCCAAAUAUUCAGGAUUUCCAGUUUUUCCCUCCACGUCUGUUUGAGCUACUGGAGAUGGAGAUACUCUACUACAGAAAGACUAUUGGAUACAAGGUUCCGAAGUCUCCAGAUAUCCCGAAUGCAGCUCAGGUGCAGAAGGAGGAACAGAGGAAGAUUGAUGAAGCUGAACCUCUUACAGCCGAGGAGACGGAGGAGAAAGAGAAACUACUCACACAGGGUUUUACGAGCUGGAACAAGCGAGACUUCAACCAGUUUAUUAAAGCAAAUGAAAAAUACGGCCGUGAUGACAUAGACAGCAUCGCCCGGGAAGUGGAGGGCAAAACACCUGAAGAGGUUAUUGAAUACUCAGCUGUGUUCUGGGAGCGAUGUAAUGAGCUGCAGGACAUUGAGAGGAUCAUGGCUCAGAUAGAGAGAGGAGAAGCUCGGAUCCAGAGGCGCAUCAGCAUCAAAAAAGCCCUCGAUGUGAAGAUAGCACGAUAUAAGGCCCCAUUCCACCAGUUGCGUAUCCAGUACGGCACUAAUAAAGGGAAGAACUACACAGAGGAGGAGGAUCGAUUUCUGAUCUGCAUGUUGCACAAAAUGGGCUUCGACAAAGAGAAUGUUUAUGAGGAGCUGAGACAGUGUGUCCGAAAUGCUCCCCAGUUCAGAUUCGACUGGUUCAUCAAAUCCAGAACAGCUAUGGAGCUGCAGAGACGCUGUAACACCCUCAUCUCUCUGAUUGAGAAAGAAAACAUGGAAAUCGAGGAGAAGGAGCGAGCUGAGAAAAAGAAAAGAGCUCCCAAAGGACAAUCAGCCCAGAAGCGGAAAGCAGAAGCAGCGUCUGAAAGAAAAGAGAAGAAAGCCAAAACCUAAUUCUGUCAUUUGGGGGUUCAGAUUGCUUAUUCAUCAUACGUACGACAGUUUGCUACGAUUCAUUUGCUAUUGUACAGCAUUAUCUUAAAAUCACAAAAAAGACAAGAUGAAAUGGAAAAAAAGCAGUUUGUACGUUUCUCUACAAAUUUGCUGUGCGCACAAAGCUUUUUCUACGCUUCCUUUUUACAAGCAUUUGAUGCACUUUUGAAAAUGAAAAUCCCAUUAAGCUAUAUUGUUUUAUUCUGGAUAGAUCUCUUAGCUUGAUUUGGCAUUGCAAUGUGAUCUUUUUUAUAUAUGUGUGCUUUAAUUUUUGUAUAUUUUUUCAUAGUUUAAAAAAUACAUAUAUAUUUUUUCCAAUGUUCUGCUUUGAUGUAUGGCCAGAGAUUGGUUAACUUAAUUGUUUCAUGGUCUGAUCGUACGUCAUGCUGUUAAAGUCGCAUGUCCAAAUUUUCAGCUUGCAGAGAUUUAUCAGUUUUAUUACUAUUAGCUAAAUGUGUUGUCUUUAACACGCUGUUUUUUGUAUGCCUGUGUUGCAUUAUAUGCAUUGUUUAAGCAUAUUUACAUAUUAAUAUUUCAAUUUUAAACAGAAAAAAAGUUUUUUCAGAUAAUCUUAAUCUUUAUAUGUCUGGGUUCAGUGUUAUUAAAAAAGACUAAAUACC